AUGGCGAAUGACAUCAAGAUGUAUGCGGCUGGCUACAUCGAGGGUCUGCUGACGUGCGUUCGCAUCUCCGAAUUCUACGCCAACAGCCAGAAGCUUCUCCUGGAAAAGGACAAAACGGCGAACGCUCUGCCCGGCAUCCGCAAGCUCUUCCAAAAUCAGAUGGCUCAUGCGCGGUUCAUGACGAAUAUGGAGCAGCACGUCUUCGCCGAAGAGCCCAAAGACCCAUACUGGAAGCAGGUGCGCUACACGUUCUUUCAGAUGUGGGGCCUUCUGGAUGGCUACAACGCUGCGUCCCUGCGCUUCGGCGGCGAGACGCUGGAGCUGGAUGACAUGCUCUUCAUGAAUGCCGGGGGCGAGCUGCCGCAGUUGAUCCAGGCAGGGUCGCUCGAGGUCGUUGCUUUCGAGGGGGCAGAGUUACUCUUGGGGUCCAGUUUCGAGGGCACAGAGUCCCGAGUCUGUGCCAUGGCCCCGCUCCGUGCCGCCUUCCUGGGCGACUCGUGGGUCACGGACUUCCGUGAGACGGAGGAAGGACAAAGAGUGCCACAGCGCCCGGCUGCGAACGCUUUGAAGGAUUUACUCUCGCAGAAACUCGGUCCCGUGGAGUUGGUUGUGGCCGGCUUCCCGGGAUGCACGUCGCAACGCUUGGGGCGGCUCUGCGGGCUCCUAAGGAUCCGGGAGAUGGCGAGCUUUUCUGAUGUCUCGCCCUCUGUCAAGGUGAGCACGACCUCGAUCUGUGGCACCUUGGAACAGGCAGACAUCCCCUUGCUCUCAGAGGUUAAGACAGGUGAAGCUCUCGACUUCGCAGUGGUGGUGAUUGGCAGCAACGACGUCUACUCGGAGACCGCUGCUGGGAUAGUUUCCAACUUGAUGAGACUGCGCCGGCUGCUGUCUUCCCGGGGAAUCGAAGUGAUCCUGUGCACAUUGCACCUGAACCUUGAAGACAGGACUUUGUGGCCGCAUGCGGGGGAGGUUUGCGAUCAGGUGAACAGGGAGCUACUGAAGGAGGAUGGCAUCAUCGACAUCGACAAGAUUUUCAAGACAUUGGCACCCGAGAUGUGGGAGAACACAUACCACCUCACUACCCAAGGCUACCACGAGUUCGGGCGCCGACUGGCAGAGGUGGUGGCGGAGCGCUUCUGCUUCAAUGUCUCCAGGGCGUUUCAGGUGCUGCCUUCGGACGCCUUUGUGUUAGAGGCGGACUCGGGGGACUUUGUACAUAGAUUGUUGCAGGGAGCCUAUGUCAAGGCGGAUGCCAACCAUGGCAGGCCCACCUACAGGAAACUGGGCGCGGAGGGCACCACGAGGGUGAUCCUGUUUUACUGGGAUGCCAGUGAUGGAGCUGAGUGGAAUGGUUGGUGGUUUGGGCCCAAGCUGGACUUUGACCACCCUGGCUGGGCCUUCCAUGCAAGCACGGCUGCGCAGCCUCCCUCGGAAGGAUGGACAGUGCCCCCGCGUGGCUCCGUGAGUGCCAUGCGACUCCGCCGCCCGGCCGCCUCGCUGAAGGCUCCAUGCCUUCUUGGUACCCCUGCUCCCGUGGUCGCGGCCAAUGCGCCGAAUGAAACGAGCCCAAAGAAGAGCGAGCUCACGACGUCGGAGGCGGUUUGGCUCACCGACGGCACCCCCAAGCGUCGAAUCUGGCGUUCUGACGAGUACUGGGGAAACAAGGCCCGAAGGGCCGAAGCCCUCCCCGACAGAAGGCUGAGUAGGCUGAGACGCAUCGGCCAGGGGCCACGUCGAGGUCUGGGACUCAAAGCUCACCUUGCCUACGAACAGAGCACCGCGCUCCUCGAUCCCAGGUCCUGGGUCCAGGGCUGUGAAUCUCUGCAAGAGGCGCCCUCCUUCCUGCAGCAGCGGAGCCAGAGUCACCCGGAGGAUCCUCUGGACGAUGUGCAUUGGGAACGCCGCCUGGUGGAGAGCGGCCGGUGCUCUGCACUCGUUCGCCUGGCGGAUGGCGAUGCGGACCUCUACAUGGGCCACGCGACCUGGGACGACUACAGCAAGAUGAUGCGGAUCUUCAAGUUCUACAAUUUCUCGCUGCCGGAAGCAGAGACUGCGGCGACCAAGAUCUCGUUCUCAUCCUACCCCGGUGUCAUCACCAGCACGGAUGACUUCUACGAGAUGAACAGCGGCCUCGUUGCAAUGGAGACGUCCCUGGUCAUCUUGGAUCCCAACGUUUGGGACAAGGUCCUGGACUUCCCUCGCUUCAAGAGCAUCCCGAACUUCAUGCACCUCAUGGCCGUGAACCGCUUGGCGAAGUCCUCCCCUGACUGGGUGCAGCGCUUUUCCCGGACCAACACGGGCACUUUUGCGGCCCAGUGGAUGGUGGCGGACUACAACCAGUUCGAGAGUGGCAAGCCAUUGCCGGACGGUAUGUUCUGGGUGGUGGAGAUGAUCCCUGGCGUCUCAGAGAUGCAGGACAUGAGCGCGUUCCUCCGCGAGCACAGGUACUGGGCAUCCUUCAACCGCCCCUUCUUCGGGAAGACCCGCGAGCUGUCCGGUUUCAGUGCUGCUGAGAGGAGCCACGGCUCCCUGUACUCCUACGAGGGCAAUCCCCGCGCUUAUGCCUUCCGCAUGGCGGCGCCGGCCAUCAAUGCAUUGCCGGAGAUGAGGGACAUCAUGACCCAGAAUGCGUUUCCCUACGGCAGCCCGCCGAACGAUCCCGGGCACCAGAUUUCGGCACGCAUGGACCUCAGCCCUGUCCUCAUGCUGCCCAACGGCGGCAUCGAUGCCAAGGUGGUGAACCGGUGCCUGCUGAAGAAGCUCCAGGCCCAGGCCAUCAGUGGCCCGAGCCACCAGCGCCACGAACCCUUCCGGUGGAAGGCCGAGGACGGUACGGAGCUGUGGCCGCAGUACCCCCAUGCUGGCCUGCCCAACCUCUGGAACUUUGGCUUUGUGCAGCUGGCCCAGUUUGGGCAGAUGGCCAUCACGGACGAGAGUGACUGCUGA